CUUUUAUUUUCAACGUAAUAUCCCGGAACAGCCUUUCUUCCUCUUUAAUUUGAUUUUAACAUAACAAUUUUCUCGCGUUAAAAUCACCGUACAGUAAAGAAUGGUAGGAGCUCCACUUUUAUCCGUUUCCCGACGUGCCUUCAAUUCAUCCGGCCGUCUUAAUGUCAAAAACAGUUUGAGCUCCAAUUACUCUACUGCCACAAAGACAUUCGGCAACCAGUCCAUCUUACCUCGCCUGCCUAUCCCUGAACUCGAUGCCACCGCUGCUCGUUACAAGCGCUCACUCUUACCCCUGCUGUCUGCUGCCGAACAUGCCCAGGUGAGCCAGAAGAUCGAUCGGUUUGUGAAAAAGGACGGACUCGGCCAGACUCUUCAGGCACGCAUGCAUGCCCUGGAUGAACAAGAAGCCAAACUUGGCCUGUCGUGGCUGGACCGUCUCUGGCUCAACCGCGGUUACCUCGAGUACCGCAUCCCAACCGUCCUCAAUGUCAACUGGUGGAGUCAGUUCCGCGACCACCCCGAUGGUCUUAUUUCUCAGGUUCCUGAAGGCACCAUUACCGAUUUCCAGAUCUCUCGUUCGGCUGGUUUGGUUUCUGGUUUAUUGGAUUAUUCUAACAAGAUUAACGAUGAGGCUAUUCCUCCAGAGGCUUCACGAUCAGGUCCCUUUUGUAUGCAUCAGAUUAGACACAUGUUUGGUACCAGUCGUAUUGCUGCCAAUCCCCGGGAUACUAUUGUCACCAGCUGCCCUGCAACAGCCAAGCACAUUACUGUCAUUUACAAGGACCAGAUUUUUGCUGUACCUGUACUGGGACCCAAUGGAGAGACUGUUCCUCUCAAGACUCUUGAAAAUCAGUUGAGACAGGUUGUUUCAAGAGUCGAUCAACUUCCCAAGGAACAGUUGCAGCCUCCUGUUGGAUUAAUGACCUCUGAACACCGUGACACCUGGGGAGAGGUUCGCAAAGAACUCGAGACUAUCCCUACAAAUGCAAGCACAUUCAGUGCCAUCGACAGCUCUCUGUUUACCUUGUGUCUCGAUAACUACAGCUCACCUGACGAUAAGGAUCUUUCGCACCGCAACCUUGCUCACGGAAAGGGUGCCCACAACAGAUGGUUUGACAAGGCACUCCAGAUUAUUGUAGAGAGUAAUGGCCGUGCUGGUAUUAAUGGAGAGCACUCUCCUUGCGAUGCUGUUGUUCCUCAGCGUACAGUGGAGUCUGUGUUGAUGCAAGAACCUAUUGUGGAUAAUCUGGCUACUUCAAAUAUCAGCCAAUUACCUGCACCUACUCACCUGCAGUGGUCGAUUUCUUCAAAGACUGACCAACAACUCAAGGCGGCACAAGAAAAUGUGGACAAGUUGAUUGCAGACUACGACAGUGUGCUAUUGCACUACGAUGCCUAUGGCUCGGACUUUAUGAAGAAAGCCAAGGUCAGUCCUGAUGGCUGGCUCCAGAUGGCCUACCAGCUGGCUUACUACAGACAGUACGGCAAACCCUGUCCUACCUACGAGUCUGCGUCUACCCGCAAGUUCUUGACUGGUCGUACAGAGACUGUCCGAAGCUGUUCGGUUGAAUCUAUGAAGGAUAAGUUGGCUCUGUUUGGAAACGCUAUUGCUUCUCAGUCAGAGUACAUGAAGGCAUCCUCUAACGGUCAUGGUGUGGAUAGACAUUUGCUUGGUCUUCGUUGCCAAAUGACCCCUGAGGAGGCUGCUUCGGAAGAGGCUGCUAUUUUCCAGGAUCCUUCUUACUGGGGAUCCCAGUACUGGCUUCUGUCGACCUCCAACACUUCUCCAGGUGAUCUUUCGUGGGGUGGAUUUGGCGCAGUUGUUCCCGAGGGAUACGGUGCCAACUAUGCAAUUGCCAAACAAGGUGUUAAGAUGAGCAUUUCUGCCUGGAACUCUUGUGCAGACACUGAUGCCACUAGCUUCCGCAAGACUGUGCGUGGUGUAUUAGAUGAGUUUGGACAAGUUGCAGAAGAUUACCUUGUUCAAAAAUAAAUAUAUAUAUAUAUAUGUGUGUGUGUGUGUGUGUAUUUCAUAUCUCAUAUGUCGCAUAUACUAUAUAAAAUAAAAUGUAUAAUAGUAAUAGUAAUAGUAAUGAUAAUGAUAAUAAUAAUAAUAUUGGUAAUGGAUUUUUGAUAUUU